GAACCAAACGUUUCUCUUCAUGUUUCCAGUCCAGUCCAACAUGGCCGAGAGGAGAGCGGCGGCGGCGGCGGUGGAACAGCCGGACUUCCUGCAGUUCAAUGAUCUGGCCUGUGAGACGGUCGGGGGGAGGAUAAUCUUUGCUACAGACGAGUGGUUCGCUCCUGCUGCCAACCUGCUGAAGCGGGAGGCGCCACAGUUCCUCCCGACGGCCUUCACCGACUUCGGGAAGUGGAUGGACGGAUGGGAGACGAGGAGGAAGAGAACGCCCGGUCACGACUGGUGCCUCGUGCAGCUGGGCGUCCCGGGGCUGAUCCGCGGCCUCGACAUCGACACGUCCUUCUUCACGGGAAACCACUCGCCCUUCGUCUCCAUCCAGGCCGGCGCUCUGGACCACGCCCCCCCCCUCAGCCUGGAGGGAGACCGGACCGGCAUGGCCGCCUCCGAAACGCAGCUGUCUGCUGUCGUCAAGCUGGCCUCGGAGGCGUGGCCAGAGCUGGUGGGUGUGUCCGAGCUGAAACCUGGAUACUGCGACAGUUGUCAUAACUACUUCAAGGUCAACUUCAAAGAGAGAGUCACACACCUGCGUCUCAACAUGCAUCCAGAUGGGGGGAUAUCCAGACUGCGUGUGUAUGGCGUCGGGCAGAGGGACUGGUCGUCUGUCUCCACCAACCAGGAUGUGGACCUGGUGGCUCUGACCAAUGGGGGAGUCUGCCUCGGCUACAGCGACGCCCACUUUGGCCAUCCACGCAACAUGAUUGGACUCGGCCGAGCUGCCAACAUGGGGGACGGAUGGGAAACCGCUCGCAGGCUGGACAGACCGACACACCUGAAGGUGGACCAGCAGGGGAUCCUGGACGUGCCCGGAUGGGAGUGGGCGGUGUUUCGUCUCGCUCGACCCGGAGUGAUCCGCAGCGUCGAAGUUGACACCAACCACUUCAAAGGAAACUUCCCGGACUCCUGCAGGAUUGAGGCCUGCACCCUGACGCCUGAGGACGAGGCUCCGAGCAGCGCCACCGGGUGGAGGUCUGUGAACUGGCAGAUCCUCCUCCGCCCUCAGAAACUCCGUCCUCAUCACAGACACCUCUUCGGUGAGGCAGAGCUGACGCUGACUCCGCCCAUCAGCCACGUGCGCUUGGUCAUCGCCCCGGAUGGGGGGGUCAGCCGGCUGCGGCUCUGGGGUCGACCUGUGCGGAUCACUGCGGCCUCGACCAAUCAGCCGACAGCAGAUUCCAAACUCUGAAACACAACCAGAGGCUUCGAUCCGCAGUUUGUUCAGGAACAAAUAAAACACACAAAGCCA